UAAAGGUCUCUAAUGAUAAUCUAUUAAUCGUGAUCAGAUUAUCAGAAAACUGAAAUGAAAGAACGGCAGAAAAAGAAAGAGAGAAAUGUCUGGUAAAGGAAGGGGUUGGUCUGAUUCAGCACCACUACUUGCCCACCAACAAUCCCAAUCACAGAAGCAGCACCAGCAACAACAGCAUAAUCUCCGUCAGUUUCAGGGUCGCUCCUCUUCAAAUUCUCACUCCUCAGUCUCUCUCGAGAUGACCUCCUCCGCCGUCCCAACCGCCACCGCCCGCUCCGUCUUCCUCGGCAUAGAUGUUGGCACCGGUAGCGCCCGCGCAGGUCUGUUCGACGAGGACGGGAAACUUCUAGGUUCUUCGAGCAGUUCGAUUCAGAUUUGGAAAGAUGGCGAUUCUGUUGAGCAAUCGUCCACAGAUAUUUGGCAUGCAAUAAGUGCGGCUGUGAAAGCAGCGUGCUCCCUUGCAAAAGUUUCCAAGGAAGAAGUGAAGGGUAUGGGAUUUGCGGCUACUUGUUCACUUGUUGCAGUGGAUGCUGACGGCUCUCCUGUUACGGUUUCUUGGAGUGGUGAUUCAAGAAGAAACAUAAUAGUAUGGAUGGACCAUAGAGCUGUUGAACAAGCUGAAAGGAUUAAUUCACGUAACUCAACCGUAUUGCAGUACUGUGGUGGAGCUCUUUCCCCUGAGAUGCAGCCUCCAAAGCUUCUAUGGGUGAAAGAAAAUCUUCCUGAGUCUUGGUCAAUGGUCUUCAGGUGGAUGGACCUGAGUGAUUGGUUAUCAUACAGGGCCACAGGAGAUGAUACUCGGAGUCUCUGUACGACAGUGUGCAAGUGGACAUAUCUUGGUCAUGCACAUAUGCAGCUAAACAAUGAGAAAGAUUCUCGAGAUAUGGAAGCUUGUGGGUGGGAUGAUGAUUUCUUGGAGGAGAUUGGAUUGGGUGAUCUUGUAGAUGGUCAUCAUGCUAAGAUAGGACGAAGUGUAGCCUUCCCUGGCCAUCCUCUGGGUUCUGGUCUCACACCAACUGCUGCGAAGGAAUUAGAUCUUGUAGCAGGAAUCCCUGUUGGAACUUCCCUAAUUGAUGCUCAUGCCGGUGGUGUGGGGGUAAUGGAAAGUGUGCCUGUGACAUAUUCUGAGCCUAAAGAGUGUGAUGGUGAAGCUCUCUGCCAUCGUAUGGUGUUAGUCUGUGGAACUUCUACAUGCCAUAUGGUUGUAUCUCGGGACAAACUUUUCAUUCCAGGGGUCUGGGGCCCAUACUGGUCAGCUAUGGUGCCCGAAUAUUGGCUCACAGAAGGUGGACAGAGUGCUACAGGUGCAUUAUUGGAUCACAUAAUUGAAAGCCAUCUUGCGGCUCCUUACCUUGCAAAUCAUGCUGCUUCUCAGUGCAUUUCUUUGUUUGAACUACUGAAGAAGUUACUGAACAUAAUGAUGCAUGAUCUGAAGCGUCCAUUUGUUGCUUCUUUGACUGAAGACAUGCAUGUUCUUCCAGAUUUUCAUGGGAACAGGUCUCCCAAUGCAGACCCAAAGGCAAAAGGUAUGGUAUGUGGCUUAACACUUGAUACAAGUCAGAAUCAGUUGGCUCUUCAGUAUCUUGCCACAGUACAAGGUAUUGCAUAUGGCACACGUCACAUUGUAGAGCACUGCAACGCCAAUGGUCACAAAAUUGACACAAUACUAGCAUGUGGAGGCCUUGCUAAGAAUGCACUAUUCAUUCAAGAACAUGCAGAUAUAAUAGGUUGCCCUAUAAUUCUUCCACGAGAAAGUGAACCUGUGCUCUUGGGUGCUGCCAUUCUUGGUGCUGUUGCUGCAAGGAAAUAUUCUAGUCUGCAUGAGGCCAUGAAGGCUCUGAAUGCAGCGGGCCAGGUCAUCCAUCCAUCCAAAGAUCCUAGGGUGAAGAAGUACCAUGAUGCCAAGUACCGCAUUUUUCGCGAGCUUUAUGAGCAGCAGCUAUCUCAUCGUUCUCUGAUGGCUCAAGCCUUGGCUUAAUUGAUUCAUUCGUGACGCAUGGCGCUUGUUAUAUUGGAAGAGAAAAAUGCACGGCCUUUGUGAUGUUAUGAGAUUUAACCGAAGAUUUUUUUUUUCUCUUCUUAAUCAUGUAAAAGCCUUGACUUUGGCAACUCGUAAGGAAUUCUUCAAAAGGCCAAACUAUACAGGUAAAGGAUUGCCAAAGAAAUUCAGCACAGCCAAAUAUGUAUCGGCACUGGCUAAGCGCGUUUCCGUAAGUGCUUUUUGCCGAAUUACUUUUGGCAUUAUCAAUUGUUGGUAGCAGGAGAUAUUUCUACCAACAUCAUCAAAGAUUGCAAACGAAAUUAUGAAUGUCAACAACCAUAUAUUUUCAGUGUCAAAUUUCAGUAAUGCUGGCUGUAAUUUA